AUGAAACCAUCAGUUCUGCAGUACCUGAACUUUUUCGUUUUAUUUUCCUUUGGUGUAGUCACCACCUCCCACACAACUGACCAAGAUGUGCUCGCAACCCUCAGUAAACUACCCCUCGAUGGCCAUUUCAGCUUCCAUGAUGUGUCUACUGCUGCCUGGGACUUUGGCAAUCUCUCUAGUUUCAUGCCAGCUGCUGUGCUUCAUCCAGGAUCAGUAGACGACAUUGCCACUACGGUCAGGCAUGUCUUCUUGGGGGGAGAGCACUCCAUGCUCACCGUGGCAGCCCGUGGGCAUGGACACUCACUCCGAGGGCAGUGCCAGGCAGCUGGAGGGAUUGUCAUUAAAAUGGAGUCCCUCCCUAAUGACAGGAUGCAGGUGCAGUCUGGUGCAUCGCCCUAUGUUGAUGCCUCAGGAGGAGAACUCUGGAUAAAUGUCCUGCAUGAGACAUUGAAGUACGGUCUGGCACCAAAGUCAUGGACUGAUUAUCUCCACCUCACAAUUGGAGGCACGUUGUCAAAUGCAGGGGUCAGUGGGCAGACGUUCCGACAUGGCCCACAAAUCAGCAACGUAAACGAGCUGGAGAUUGUGACAGGAAAAGGAGACAUCAUCACUUGCUCACCGGAGCGGAACUCUGAUCUCUUCCAUGCUGCUCUUGGUGGCUUAGGUCAGUUCGGUAUCAUCACUAGGGCCAGGAUUGUGCUCGAGCCUGCUCCAAAAAUGGUGAGGUGGAUUAGAGUUCUCUACUCAGACUUCACAAGCUUUGCAGAGGAUCAGGAGAUGCUUAUUUCAGCAGAGAGGACCUUUGAUUACAUAGAGGGCUUCGUCAUCAUCAACAGGACAGGUAUCCUGAACAACUGGAGAUCAUCAUUUAGCCCACAGGAUCCAGUGUGGGCAAGCCAGUUCAAAUCAGAUGGAAGAGUGCUCUUCUGCCUCGAGAUGACGAAGAACUACAACCCUGAAGAGUCAGACAACAUGGAACAGGAGGUCAAUAGCCUACUGCAUCAACUUAGACAUAUGCCUCCAUCCCUAUUCCACACAGAUGUCACCUACAUCGAGUUCCUGGAUAGGGUGCACUCCUCUGAGGUUAAACUGAGAGCUAAGGGGAUGUGGGAGGUCCCACACCCAUGGCUAAAUCUCAUGGUUCCAAAAAGUUCGAUCCACACAUUUGCAAGGGAGGUCUUUGGGAAAAUCCUGAAAGACAGCAACAGUGGUCCCAUAUUGCUCUACCCAGUAAACAAAUUCAGAUGGGACAAUAGAACGUCAGUAGUCAUACCAGAUGAGGAAGUUUUCUACCUAGUGGGAUUCCUAUCCUCAGUGCCAUCUUCAUCAGGUCCUCACGGCGUCGAACAUGCACUGAACCUCAAUAACCAGAUAAUAGAAUUCUCUGGCAAGGCAGGUAUUAGGGUGAAGCAAUAUCUGCCCAACUACAACACUGCACAGGAGUGGAAGGCCCACUUUGAGGCAAGGUGGGAGACAUUUCAACGAAGGAAAAAUGCCUAUGACCCAUUGGCCAUCCUAGCUCCAGGACAAGGAAUAUUUCAAAAGGCAUCACCGCCCUUGUCCCUAUGA